UUGAAGCCGACGUCUAGGGGGUGGAGCACGUAGUUUACGGACCGCGGACUAGUGAGACCACGGUGGCAAUUAUGUUGUUCUCUGUAGUGAUCAUUUCUGUGGCUUUGGUUGUGUUUCUGUUCAAAUAUUUCACAGGAAACCAAGGACCAAAUCCGUUCGGUGUUGAUACUCGAGAGCCACUGAAACCACUAGUCACGGAUGAGAAAGAAAAAAAUAAAGUUCUAAAGCAAGGAUUUCUAGCCAGCAAGGUUCCAGAGAACCUAGAUGCCAUUGUGAUCGGCAGUGGGAUCGGUGGGUUGGGGCUCGCGGUGCUUCUUGCCAAGGUUGGGAAACGCGUUCUGGUCCUGGAGCAACAUGACCGCGCCGGCGGCUGCUGCCACACCUUCACCGAGAAAGGCUUCGAGUUUGACGUUGGUAUCCACUACAUUGGGGACCUGCUGGAGCACAAGCCUUUUCGAUGUUUUUUGGACCAGCUGACCAACGGGCAGCUGCAGUGGGUGCCCCUGGAAAACCCCUUUGAUAAGGUGGUGCUGGGCCCUCCCGAAAACAGACGGGUGUACCCCAUCUACAGCGGCAGGGAUCGUUUCCCCGAGGAGCUGAAGAAGUGCUUCCCUGGAGAGGAGAAGGCCAUCGAUAAGUACAUGGAGCUCGUCAAGAAAGCGGGCCGUGGUGUUUGGAUCCUGGCAAUGUUGAAGCUCCUCCCAAUGCCCCUGGCCAAGUUCCUGGUUUACACAGGCCUGGCCAAUCGGCUCUCUCCGUUCUUCAAGUACGCCUCUCGUAGUUUGACCGAAGUGGUGAACGAGCUGACGGACAACAAGGACCUGAGGGCGGUCUUCUCUUACAUCUUCGGCACUUAUGGGAACAUCCCGAAGGAUGCCAGUUUCUCCAUGCACAGUCUCCUGGUGUGCCACUACCUGCACGGCGCCUGGUAUCCAAAGGGGGGCGCCAGCGAGAUCGCCUAUCACAUGAUCCCCAUCAUCAAGAAGGCCGGGGGGGCGGUGCUGGUGCGUGCUCCCGUGAACCGCAUCCUGUUCAACGAGGCCAGAGAGGCGUACGGUGUGAGCGUGAUGAAGGGGCAGGAGGAAGUGCAUGUUCACGCCCCCAUGGUGAUCUCCGACGCCGGCCUGUUCAACACGUACCAGCAGCUCCUGCCAAAGGAACUGCAGGCUCUUCCUGCUGUGCAGACACAGUUGGGCAUGAUGAAGAAUGGAGUGGGCGGGCUGAGCAUGUUCCUCGGGCUGAACGGCACCAAGGAGGAGCUGGACCUGAAAGCCGACAACUACUGGAUCUUCACCGAGAACAAUCUGGACGAACUGGUGGAAAGCUAUAUGAACGGAAACAGGGAGGAAGCGGCCAGAAGCAUACCCCUGCUAUUCGUUGCUUCGCCAUCAGCCAAAGACCCGACGUGGGAGAAAAGACAGCCAGGGAAGUCCACUCUGAGCCUGGUCACCAUCGCCAAAUAUGAGUGGUUUGAGGAGUGGAAGGAUGGGAAGGUGAACAACAGGGGGACAGACUACAAAGAGCUGAAGGAGACCUUCAUCAAUACUAUUGUCGACACGGUGGUCCAGAUCUACCCCAACCUAAAGGACAGGAUUGAGUACGUUGACGUGGGGACUCCGAUAACGAACACGCACUACAUCGCUGCUCCGCGCGGGGAGAUCUACGGCUGCGACCACGGCACGGCUCGCUUCAGCCCCAAUCUCAACGCCACCAUCCGGCCCCAGACUCCCCUGAAGAACCUCUACCUCACAGGUCAGGAUGUCUUCGUGUGCGGCUUCGCGGGGGCUCUGGCUGGGGCCCUCACCUGCGGAUCUGUCAUCCUCAACCGAAAUCUGCACCUUGACACCAUCGCCCUGGCCAAAAGUCUUAACAACAGCAAACACAAAAAGAAGCUGUAGUCUGCAAGCACUUUCCGGAAAGAUCUCCACAAAAACAUCCCCUGCCACGUGGACUCAUGAGCCCUCCUGUUCAUGUGUUACUGGUCCGUCUUCUGAAGGGAGCAGCAACUACAUUUUUGCAGUUUAAUAAUGCAUUAAUGGCACUUACCAUUAACCCUUCUUCCUCACUCUAUGAAGAGAGACCACUAAAUUGGAUUCAUAUUUUUCAGUAUAUUUUCUAAAACAACUACAGUUGCUGUAUGUUAUUCACAGGUAAUGCACGCAAGUACAUUUUUUUCCCCUUAUGCAUAGGGCUUGGCAAUAUAGCCUAAAAUAGUUAACGCAAUGUUUUUAUUUUAGUCGGUUAAAUGUAAAAUCAAAUAAUGCUCUAUGGAAAUAUAUAUAUAUGUAUCUGGCUUCGGAAUCAAUGUAAAAUGAAAGAUAAAAUUAAUUGGUGGCGAAAUACUAAAGUAUUAUCUUAAACAGAACCAACAAGCUGAUAUGCAAAUAAGAUUAUUUUAAAUGGAAACAAGCUCACAUUCUGUGAUGAAUGCGCUUACAGUGCAGUCUACGUGUAUUUGGACAGUGGUACAAUUUAUGCUCUUUUGGCUCUGUACUCCAGCACAUUGGAUUGGAUUAAAUGAAAUCAUGAAGUGAAUGUGCCAACUGUCAGCUUUAAUUUUUAGUAUUCACAUUAAUAUCGGUAGUCGUCCCCCCCCAUUUUAGGGGACCAAAAGUUAUUGGACAGUUAUGGAACAAACAUGUCAAUUGAAAGUUUGGUGUCAGUGCAGCACCGCCAAGUUUCCUAGCUGGUUCAUUGCCAUUGUACCCUCGAAUAAGGCACUUCAUUAAAAAUAUGAAGUUGUGUACAUGGGUUGUAUGUAAAGAAUGCAGUUUGUGUUAGCUGCUCUAGAUAUGAAUGUCUACCAAAUACCUAAAUUGUAAAUAUAGGUUAAUGGCAUAAAGAAUAUAGCAAAUGGCAGCUAGCCCAUUGACCAAGAGAUCCGCCAGCAUGCACAAGUUCAAAGAAAGCAUAGCCUUGGUGUGGCUCUUGCGGUGUUUUUGCUUGACAUCAGCGAGUUAACAUGGGAAAGGGAGCACGCUUGCCUUGCCCUUGGAGGCUACACUCUCCUCUACCCAUGAAGAGAAGCAGAUUUCCUGCUCAGCGCGAGUGCUCAUUCUGAGCAUUUCAACAACAUGCAAGCUAUGAGAAUAGACACAACUGGGCCCAAGAGUACUGCAUCAGAAAUAACUUGAAUGUUUAUUGUUCUCAUGGCAAUUUUGAUUGUGAUUGAGAUUGUUUCACAGCCUAACUCGUCCUCCACGUGCUAUAUCCCGGAAACGUAUUCAGCUUGACGGCUGACAGCUUGCCAGUCGAUGGGAUGGGAGGAGCGAACUGAGUAGCAGGUUGGUGGAUGCGGAUGUGUACUCGGCCUGUAGCGUAGUGGUUAAGGUAAAGGACUGGGACACGCAAGGUCGGUGGUUCUAAUCCGCUGUAGGCACAAUAAGAUCUGCACAGCCGUUGGGCCCUUGAGCAAGGCCCUUAACCCUGCAUUGCUCCAGGGGAGGACUGUCUCCUGCUUAGUCUAAUCAACUGUACGUCACUGGAUAAGAGCAUCUGCCAAAUGCCAUUAAUGUAAUGUAAUGCACUGGAAGAGCCGUGUGGUCAGAUCAUCAUGAUGUGGCAGAAUCCUCUGACCACUUGCCUUGGAAAAUUUCUACUUCUGUACUUUUUACAGCUUUACUUUGUGUCUUUGUGGAAUGUACCCUAGAAUAUUUCACAUCAGACCUGAAUUCUUUCUAUUAUUUAAUAUAUAUAAUUUAACUCUCGUAUUAAGAGCUUCAAGAAGGGAUAGAUUGUGCAUGAGGCUAUAAAUAAUAAUGAUAAUAAUAACAUAUCCUGAAUAAAGAUAAUUUCUUCCAAACCUUGGUUUUGACACAUUGAUAAAAUGUGAUUUCAUUUAAGGAUGAUUGCCUUUCUUGUCUUUUGUCAGUUCCUGCAAAGUAAAUUUACAUUUUCAUUUUCUGUGUUAUAUUUGCAUAAUGGUACAUGCCUUUAUGUUUGUAGGAUCGGUGUUUUCCCUCUAUAAUUUCAUUGACUCAUGCUUUGCGCCUGGGUUAAAUGCCUUUAGUUUGAGCAGAUAUGUGAUGCUUGACCUUUUUUUUUUUGUAUAUACCUUUUCAGUAACUUGCUCAUUGCUAUUAAACACUAAACCAAA